AUGGUUCAGAUUUUGAAGUGCGCUUGGCGUGAAGUCACUUCCACAGUUUCACAGGAGCUGCUGAGCGCUUUAAGAAGUCUGCCCCCUUCGCUGAGGUACCGCAUGGGUGCCAAGCAGUCGCUAGCAUCUGUUAGCUCCUUGCACUGCUCAGCUCGCGGUGGGGAAGACGUAAACCGGCUUCUUAGCGUGGCUUUCGGGGGGUUAAGACCAGGCAAGGGGUCUGACUUCUUCCUCCGGUCCAGUGUGGAGCUGGUCUUUUGUGAAAUCUGCUGUUGGAAGGUAAUCAGAGUAACAGGUUUUAUGAAAGGACUUUACACGGAUUUUGAAUUGAAAUCAGAUAACGUUAAGGAUAAAGACGCCAAAAUCAGCUUUCUUCAGAAGGCAAUUGAUGCUGUUGUACUGGUAACAGGAGAGCCACUGUCAGUAAAACCAGCACGUGUUGUAGCUGGACAUGAACCUGAAAAAACCAACGAAUUACUUCAAGCGAUUGGGAAGUGUUGCUUAAAUAAGCUGUCCAGUGAUGAUGCUGUAAAAAGAAUCUUAGCUGGGGAAAGAGCUGAUGCUAAAGGAAAACCUCCCUUGUCUAAAUCUCGAGAUAAAGAAAACAGAGAAUCCAGAGGAGAGCAAAAAAGCCGUAGUGAUAAAGAGGGUAGAGGGGACUCUGAAAUUAGAGACAAAAGCUCAAGCAGAGACAGAAAACCCAAAGAAGAUUUGAAAGAAGAAAGCAAAGGAAGCGAAAAGGAAAGCGAUAAACAUAAGGAGAAUGAAGACAAGCACAAAGACUCUGAAAGGGGCAACUUUAAGGAAGGGCACAAACAAGAAAGGGAAAGAAACAAAAGCAGAACAGCCAAGGAGGGAAGGGAAACAGAAAAAAACAAAGGAAAAGGAGACAUAGAACAAGAAAAAGAUCUUGAACGUGAUAAAGGAAGGGAAAGGGAGAAAAAAAAAGAAGUAGGAAGAGAAAGAGACAGACUGAAAGAAAGGGACAAAGAUAAGGCUAGGGAAAAAGACAGAGACAGAGAAAGAGGAAAAGACCGGGAAAGGGAGAGAAGAAGGGACAGAGGAAAAGAUGGAGAACCCUCAAGAGAACAUGGAAAGGAUAAAGCAGAGAAGAAGUCCACAGAGUCUGAGGAACCUGUACUUAGAAAAAUGGAGAGGCCAGCUAAAGACAGCAAGUACCAGCCAGAUAAUGAGAGUGAAAACCCUACAGGAAUAUCAAGGCAGCCUUCAACCAAAGGAUCAAGGCAGCGCACAAAACCUGGAGGAGAAGGAAGCACGGAUACUAGCAAAAGUGCAUGUAGUGCUCUUAAGCAAGCAGUUAGCCUACAGAAAGAGAGAUCUGAGUCAACCUCUACGGUACAGGAGCCAGGAAUAGUGGAAAAUAAUAGCUUGCCAGAUAAGAUUUCAGAGGACAGUACUGGUAAACUGCAGGAAAAAGCAGAACCAGCACUUGCAGCAAAACAGAAAGGUGACUCUGCCAGUGAUUCAGACGGAGAAGCAGAGAACAUAGCUCCUGAAAAGCCUGCAGCAUCUGAAAAUGGCAAAGUACCUAAUGAUCUUCCACCUCAGGUUAUCCAAAGACAAAUUCCUCGUCCUGGCAGCGCAAGACCAGCACCACCACGAAUAAAACAUCAAGAAAGCCCAGAGGCCUUACUUCCAAAAAGGAAUAGCAGUGGUAAAACAGUCUCAAAUUUGAUCACAGACGACCAAAAUUCUGAUGAUAACGAUGACCAGUUUGUGGUGGAGGCAGCACUGCCGUUGCCAGAAAUGCCAGAGAUGGAAACGGAGCCAGAAGUGGAGCUGAUUGAACAUGAAAAGCAUGGUGGGCUUGUGAAAAGAAUCCUAGAAACAAAGAAAGAUUAUGAGGCAUCUCAAAAAUCAUCAAAGACUGCAGAGAAGGAGAAACCCUCUGUGUCAGAAGCAGCUAGGAAGAAAGAGAGAGACUUAGUAGCCAAAGAAAUUGAGAAACUGCAGGUCUCUAUUCAGACACUGUGCCGGAGUUCCCUUCCACUUGGCAAGAUCAUGGAUUACAUUCAGGAGGACAUGGAUGCCAUGAAGAACGAAUUGCAGAUGUGGCGACACGAGAACAGACAGCUUGCAGAAGCUCUGCAGAAAGAACAGAGUAUCACAGACAGUGCUGUAGAGCCCUUAAAAGCUGAACUGACUGAACUGGAACAGUUGAUUAAAGACCAACAAGACAAGAUCUGUGCUGUAAAAGCUAAUAUUUUAAAGAACGAAGAAAAAGUUCAGAAGAUGAUUCUUAACAUAAACCUGUCUUCAAAAAGGUGAAGAAGAGAACAAAAAAGCAUUGGGACUGACUGGCAUUCCUACCAAAUAAAAGCAAAAUAGCAGAGAAAAAUUAAGAUAUGCCUAGUUCGAGUAUGAAAUCGUUAAGGACCAGAAGCCUAAACAGAAUCUGAAAUCCCAUUAUUACAUUCAUCUUUAGAGGCUGCUGUUGCCCAGGAUAAAGUUAUAUUUAUUUGAGUAUACAAGUUACAGAGCUAUUAAAAUAAGUUGUUUCUUUAGAUGUGAACUGUUGUUACUUCCUUACCAGGACUUUGCAGCCCCCUUUUCAUUCCUGGCCUAUUCAGGGCAGUUUCUGAGCUGGCCCACUCUGCAUCCCUUUCCUCUACUCAUGCCCACUGAGGUUAAUUUUGAACAUGUUGUCAAGGAAAAGGAGUUUUAGAUGGGUUUUUUUGCCCCCUUAAAACCUAUUUGAGAUCCCUGCAGGUUAGAAAGUUCCAUAGUCCUGUUCAUUAUUUAGAGGUCUUGUAAAGAAAUCUAUAAAAGAAUACCUUGAGAUCAAGAAGUGAAGCCUUGUGUAGCGGGCAGUUCUUUACAUCGUUACAGAGAUGAUGUCAUGUUUUCAGAGCUAUCAGGAAUCUUAUUAGGAACCUUUGAAAAAGCAAUACGAGCAUCACCAUGUAAGGGAGCAAAAGUGUUUUAUCUGUGCAGGUGUUAAUUCUAUUUUUAUUGCAUAUGUUCCUUUGGAAAGGAUUAAUUUAAGUACCCGUUUCCUCCCCAAUGCAUGUUCCUGCAACUUUUUGUAUGUGAAUAAUUUCACUGAUUUUUUUUUUUUUUUUAUGUGACUACAGAUGUCUGUACUAUUUUUCCUGCUGCCCGCUUGAGUGUACUGCAUGUUAAAGUCCAGCCAUACUUAUUCCUAAAUCUACAAAGUACAUUAGAAUAGACACAACUACCUGGUGCUGCACUGAGCACAGAAGGCUUUACUCCCCUCCAAGGCUAUUCUCUGAAGAUUUUUACAAUGUGCAAAUACAUGUUCUAUUCCCAUGUUGUUUGGAUUGUGUAGGAACCGGUGGUGUCGUCUUUUUUUCCUUCUUUAACUGGGAAAUCUUUUUUUUUUUUUGUGUGUGUGUGUGUGUGGCAUUUGGACCCUUUUUGAUACAAUUUUAGUCAGGGCUCUCAAGCAUGACUUAGUAGACAUAAUGAGAGAGAUUUGUUUGAAUAAAUCUCACCUUUUGGUCUUGUCAUAUUGCAACUUAUGGAGACUUUUAAGGACUUACUGAAAACUUUAGAGUAGUUCAAAACAGUGUUUCACUUAUCUAAGCCCAAUGAAAGUAGCUGCAAUCUAAAUUGUCUAUAAAAAAAUUGUGUGGGUACGCACUUGGUAGCUUUAAGUUAUUGGUUCGCUCUUUUCUGGAUUCAUGUAUUCCUCACUAUGAUGAGUUUUGGCGUGAUAUUUUAACACAGUUGAAUUGUUUGAACAGAAUACUCAUUUAUCAAUAACUGUUACAAAUACCACUUUGUUUUGCUUUUUAGCAUGUAACAUAAGCAAAAUCAUUCAUUUGAAUGCUUUCCCUGAAAACCAAUGUGAAAACUGCCAAGAAAAUUUAAGGCAACAAUAGGCAGAGGAAUCCUAGGUAAAAUAUUCUGUAACUAUACCCUGUAUAGUGCUUGGCAGUUGGGUAUCAAAGAUUCAUUCCCUUGCAAUACGUUUCAUGUCAUAAGUCCCCUGCAGUUCUUCACAUUUGCUUAGACUUCUUGCUUCAUAUGUAAAUAUGGCUAGGACUGUUUUUGUAGAAAAGUAU